CCGGCGCCGAGCGAAGAAGCAUGAGGUCUCAGAAUGCUAAUUGCAAGGCUAACCGGGGAGUUUGUGUUGUUUAUGACUCAGAAACGUUGAUGGCAGUCGGGCGUUUUUGCAGGUUUACGGCUGCUGGAGCUUAUCUUUAUCACAGACUGAAGUUUGGUUUUUGAAGAGAAACUACUGAAGAUGUCUCCGCCUGCUAAUGCUAAUGCUAACAUGGAUGAGAAGGUUCUGCAGUAUGAAAACUUCAUAAACGAAGUUCUGAAGAGAGAUUUACAAAAGGUGUUGGAGCAGAGAGAUGCAGUUUAUGAGAAGAUUUCUCAGUACCUGCAGCUGAAGAACACCAUACAGAGUCUGCAGGAGUCGGGCUCUCAGCAGCUGAAGACAGAUGUAGAUCUGGGCUGUAACUUCUAUGUCCAGGCUGAAGUGGAGGACUCGUCCAGGAUCUUUGUGGCAGUCGGUUACGGCUUCUUUGUGGAGAUGACCCACGAUGAAGCUCUGAGAUUCAUCGACAAGAAGACGAGUCAGCUCACAGCCUUCACAGAGCAGCUCACCAAAGACUCUGCCAAAAUAAAGGCCAACAUCCGCAUGGUGCUGGAGGGUCUGAGGGAGCUGCAAGGACUGACAGACCUGCCUGAUAGCAGAAGAGACGUUUUCUAGACUUCUCCACGUAUGGGACAACUGCAGAGAACAGUUCAGUUCAGGAGGGUCAGCAUGUUAAUAAAACAUGUCUGCUUGUUUAGAAAUACCAAACCUCAAGCUCCAUUGUGACAGAAUGAACAUCACAGGAGGCGUUGGCAAGUGAAAUCUCUAAAGGAUGCAGCCGGGGAUUGUGUACAUUUCUGUUUUUUCCACGGAUCCUAUCCUGUCCAGAAUAAAAGCAGCAGUGAAUUUGGCGGGAAAUAACAAAAACCUACAAAAUGAGCACCCGUGCCCUUUAACUUGACCUCAUGGACAUUCUAGUGGAACAACAGGAUUUGGUCUAGAGACCUCCAGCAGGACAAAGAUAUGGACAUGUUGCAGCUGUCCACAUACUUUUGGACAUGUAUUCUGUUGUCAGUUUGUCAGAUGUUGAACAUUUGUGAUGUGAUGAAUUAGACUGCAGUAAUAAAGUCAACAAGAUGACAGUA